GGCCUAUGCAUUUGGAAUGUAUUUUUGUUCACUACUAGCAGAGGGUGCAUUAACACAGGAUAUUGAGUUUUUUUCGCUGAAAAGGAGAGUCAAAAUGCAGGAAAAUAUAUACAGCAUUCUAUAAACGCAGGUAUCCUGAGGUAUUUUUUUUUUAAAAGUUACAAUGAGCAAUAACCCAGACUUGAACCACAAGAACAUAAUUACUCCUGUUUCUUUGAGCCAAUCGUCUUCAGUGUCUGACAUUUGUGUUGUUCAUAGAUCAUAAUAUUUACAUAGCCGUUGGUAGCAUUGCGAGAUUCAAAGAGAAAUUGAAUUUGAAGAAGUAAAACACAGGUAUCCCUGUGCAUGCCAUCUAAUUAAAACUCUGAAACGUUCUUUGCUCGAUUAAAAAAAGAGAGAUCGUAGUACUGUGGUAAUGUGGUCCCCUGUAUAAAGAAGUGCACUCUGAAUUAGUUUUAUACAUUACUUCCUCUGCAACAGGCCGUCAGUGGUAAGCUAGAAUUAUGCAGAUACAUUUUUCAUGUCCAUUGUGGCAAUGCUACAGUAAUGUGAUCUGUAAUGGUGUUGUCUUGUACGUUAACAUGCUCUUUAUGUUUGUCACUAGAGAUAUUGGAAAAUGUCCGUCGUUGUCCGGGGUGGAUUAGCCAAUGUGAAAACGAAACGUUGGUGCUGGCGAGGCAAGGCGUUUUGCUCAUUUAGCUAGCGAUCCUUAUUCUAGGAGUUAUUUUUCUAAGUGCAUUUCCAUUGGAGGGCAGCGAGCGUAGUGAAAAAGGGGCAGAUUCUAACUUGCUGCCUAAGUAAAAGAGUCCCAAGUAAAAAAUCUGUUUUGUUUACAAAAAUAGUUGGCCUUUUAAAGUUGUAUAGCUGAUGAUUUUCUGCCUCUUGCGAGGGCAUGCUAUAUUGUAGGAUGCUUGAUGGUAUGGGUUUUUAAGUUUGCUUGUCUUUUUUCCCCUCGACUUUGUUGUGUUCAUCUUAGCUGCCUGAUUUUAAUUCAGUUCCUCUUAAUGAGGGCUAAUAGGUGCCUGUCAGGAGCAGACACACGCUUUAUAGGGAGUGGAGUUGCAUGGUUAGUUUUGGUUUAUGUGAAGCCUGUGUUCUCCUCGUUGUUCUAUAGACCUGCUAUAAUAUUGAUUUAAAAUACAAAAACGCAUUUACAUAAUUUUGUUUUCCAACUGUACCUCCACUGUACCUUUAUUGUUUUGUAGAUCAAGCAAACACUCAUGUACCUCAGGUAUGAUAAGGAGGUGAAAAAGGGAAACAUUGUUCAGGCCUGUACAUUUAGAAUGCAUUUAUGUUCCGGCCUAUGCAUUUGGAAUGCAUUUGUGUUCCGGCCUAUGCAUUUAGAAUGCAUUUGUCUUCCGGCCUGUGCAUUUAGAAUGCAUUUGUGUUCCGGCCUAUGCAUUUAGAAUGCAUUUAUCUUCCGGCCUAUGCAUUUAGAAUGCAUUUGUCUUCCGGCCUAUGCAUCUAGAAUGCAUUUGUCUUCCGGCCUAUUCAUUUAGAAUGCAUCUGUCUUCCGGCCUAUGCAUUUAGAGUGUUAAUUGUCUGUUAGAUCCAGUGCAGUGGCCGAGCGGUAUGGCCAACCACCAUGUUGUUGCUGGCAAGUUGUUCCAAUGUGAAUUUAUCGCUAGUAUAGUUGUGAUUUAAAAAAGAAAACUAAUAUAAUUUGUUAAAAUAUGUUUCAUGCUGAAAAUAAUUGUUCUGACUUGCAGUUCAUGCAGAGAUCUGUCGCCUGUACCUGCAAAAUAAUUAGCCUAGUUGGCUAUGUAUGUUGGCCUUAGGUUAAGAAUAAUUUUGUUACUCUAAUACUGUAACCCACAACAACAAAAAAAGAAAACUCUGAACUUUUAAAUAUUGUAUUUGUGGAUACAAAAUAAAUAGGUCUCUUUAUUUACACAGUGUUCUCCAAUUCAAAAGACACCUCCUUUCAUAUAAAUGAUAAAAUAGGUGAAGUUAUAGGUGGAUGACAUCACCGCUUCCGUGAACGGCAGGUCAUGCCAGUCAAUCUGAGGGUAAGACGGAACGCGCCCAAGUUCUCCUCAGAUGGAGAAUGAAAGGCCUGAUAUGGGGGUGCGCAACGACGGCCGACCUGUUUGCAGGGUUCAUGCCAAAUUCUGCUUUUAAUUAUUUAAUUAUCCACCAAAUUUUGAUAAAACUAUGAGCUACACCUGUAGACUGCACAUGCAUACUAUUUUGAAAGCUUACCCCAGACGGAUGUGCUAAGGGGAGAAAAAGGCUGCACACACAUUGGGCAUUCAGGAAUGACAGCGUGCACCCCAGUCUGGACUAUUCUUAAAUAUAUAAUCAUGGAUAUGAGUGCAUACUGCCUUACUGAAGUAUUCAGCCUCUACCACUUUAACAAUUGAUAAAUGACUGGUGUUUUAGAAACAUCGAUAAAUAAGAAACAUUGCUCCAAACCUUAGCAUUCAAAUCCUGUGAAGUUUUAAUCCCUUACGUAAUAUAGCUACUACAAAUAUAAUAAAAUGAAAUAAAUGAUGAGGACAUUGUAGCACUUUACAUUGUAUGAUCAAAUGCACGAGUAACCUGUUCUUACAGGCACUGCAAAUAUUAGGCUGUGUAGUAUAUUUUCCAUAGCGUUUUCCAUAAAGAUCACACAUGUAUCAUAUAUGGCAGUGUGCUCUGUUUCCGUUAGGGGGGUGUCUGCUGAGCCCAGAGGAACAGGCCACCCUGAGGGGUACUGAGGGGAGAACGCCUCCAGGGUCGGACCGCUCCGGAAGGGUCUAGGGGAGCUGGACAAAGGAAACUCAAGGAGACCCGCUUGUCCUGCUGCUGUGCCCCGCCCGAGAGCUGAAUGGUGUUCAAAGCGGUGGAUGGCGUUAAGGCUGAAUGGGUCGGGGGUCUGAGCUGCAUUCAGAAGGGGUCCAUGAUGGAACUACAGACAUUGCAGGAGGCCCUGAAAGUGGAGAUACAGGUGCAUCAGCAACUGGUUGCCCAGAUGAAGCAGGAUCCUCAGAACGCUGAUCUGAAGAAGCAGCUCCACGAACUUCAAGCCAACAUCACGGCCCUGAGCGAGAAGCAGAAGAAGGUGGUGGAGCAGCUGAGGAAGGAUCUGCUGUUGAAGCAGGAGCAGCUGGACCUCCGGCCCCCUGUGCCGGCUGUGCAGCCGCUGCAGCCGGACGGAAAGGUGUCUGCGCAGAUCCCGCUCGCUCACCUGCCACAGAGCCUGAUCACUCAGCAGAAGACAGUGACUGUCACCUCAGUACUCACCACUAAGACUCUACCUCUGUUGCUAAAAGCUGCCACGCCUGCCAUACCUGCCUCUGUGGUGACGCAGCGACCCACCGUCGCCAUGGUCACCACUAUCAGCAGCAUGCCCAAGCCCACUAUCAUGAACACUGACUCACAGAAUGCCCCACUCAACCUUCAGACAUCCGGCAAGCUGGCCAAUCAGGGAGCAGAAGCUGUGCGAGUAGUCUCUAGGAAUGCCGUCAUGGUCCGGCCCAAACUCGUCACCCCGACUGUGGCCAUCGCCCCGGCGCCCCCGCCCAUGGUGUCCGCCCCCCCGGCGCUCCAGCAGCCGCUGAUGCUGGCCACCCAGCUGACCGCCGCCUCGGGGCCCAUCCACCAGGUCCGCAUCCUCAACGGCCAGCCCCACGCCCCCGCCCCCGCUGGGCAGCUCGCCAGCAUCGUCUUCGCCGCGCCGACCGCCCCCCCGACACUGCAGGUCACGGCUGUUAAACCUCGCCGUGGGACAGAGCAGAAGGCAUCAGAGAGGCCUCCUUCCUCCCCCACCUCGCCCCCACUGCCAAAACCCAGACGGGAAGAGACCCCCCAGAAACUUGUCUUCAUGGGGUCCCUAGGACUCGUCACACAUGACUAUCUCCAAGAGAUUCAGAGCCGGAGACAAGAGCGCAAGCGGAGAACGACGGCCAAUCCGGUGUACAGCGGGGCAGCGAUGGAGCCGGAGCGCAAGAAGAGUGCAGUAACUUAUCUGAACACUCCUGUCCACCAAGGGCCCCGAAAGAGAGGUCGCCCUCCCAAAUGCAGCAGCAGUACGGAGCUGGGUCACCAUACCCCGACCCCGCCCACAGGCAGCCGCCCCGAUUCCCCCGCCCCUGCCGCACUCGAAAGUGGGGGCCCUAACUGCCCCACCUACCCCCACACCCUCCCUCUACCCAGCCCCCGCAUUGGGGAAGGGGACAUCCAUGAGGACUUUUGUGCGGUGUGCAGGUGCAGUGGACAGUUGCUUAUGUGUGACACGUGCUCAUGUGUGUACCACCUGGACUGCUUGGAUCCCCCACUGAAAGCCAUUCCCAAAGGCAUGUGGAUCUGCCCCAAAUGUCAAGACCAGAUUGUGAAGAAAGAGGAGGUCGUGCCUUGGCCGGGUACUCUGGCUAUCGUUCACUCGUACAUCGCGUACAAAGCAGCUAAAGUGGAGGAGAAGCAGAGGCUGCUGAAGUGGAGCUCGGAGCUGAAGCAGGAGAGAGAGCAGCUGGAGCAGAAGGUCAAACAGCUCAGCGGCGCCAUAACGAAAUGCAUGGAGACGAAGAACAGCAUCCUGGCCCGGCAGGAGGAGAUGCGGGCCUCGCUGGAGAAAGCCAAAGACCUGGUGCACCUCAUCCGUGGCAUCCAGCUCAUCCAAUCCGAGGAGCCAGCCGCCCCCCCGCCAGGUAUCGCCAACGGCACAAUGGGCCACCCUGGCACUGACGCUAGCAACCGGGACCACAGCGAAUCCGCGAACAACGCCAAAAUCAUCGUGCCCGAGGACGGCACGGAAGGGCCGCUCGCAGGCGGAGAGGAGGGUGGCGGAAACGACAACAACGGAAAAACCUCAGAGCUCAGCCAGCGCACCGAGCCAGCCCCCGUCAGCAGCACAGAGAGCGCGAAAUAACACCUGCCCCGCGGCCACCCCAACCUCAGAGAGAGAGGGAGACUGCACUGCACCUGGGGGUGCUUCACAUCGCCAAUCAUAUAUUUAUAGAUAAAUGGCAUAUAUAUAUAUACCUUUUUGUGCGUAUUGCUGGAUCUGGAUAAGAGUGCCAGUCUGGGCAAAUGGGAAAGUGGGGCUUUGUACUGAUCUCAUGCCAAUUCACUAAUAAUAAUAAUAACAGUAAUAAUAAUAAUGCAGAUGAUAAUAAUGAUUUCAAACAUCA